UAGAUUCAGAAUCUCUGCUGGGUUGUGCCCACCUCACUCGUCACAAUUUGCACAGGCAAAAUUCGCUAUUAUUUGCGAUUUGUUCAACUUUAUUUGCACAAGGGGAGAAAGCGAUAAAAUAACGGCUUAUGUUUUUUUAUUUAGUUCGCUUCCAUGCGUAAAUGCAUAAAAGUCCAUCAAUAUUAGUUAGGCAGGCAGUUCACAACUUUGGUGUAAUGUCGGAUUAAAAAGACUCAAGUUAACGGUUAAACUGGAGAUCUCAUGAAUUAUCAUCAUUCCUUAGUUUUGUACUCAACUUGAUAAUUUUUCUACCGUUUAUUAAGGAGGAGAGUGAUAACUAUGAAGGUUGUUUUAUUAGAGUUUAACCUUAUAACUCUGACCGUGUGCACAACUAGAUAAUAAUAAAAGAUCGUAAAGGACAGGAUAAAAUACAAUGCAGUAUGCAUAGGGACCUUAUAAUUAAUGAUUGGUCCAUUAAUUUAUCUAAAUCGAUAUGAUAUUUAGGGAAAAAGUCCUAUUGAUAAGUCCAGUGAUUACAUUUGGUUGUUUAAUCGUCCGUAAAUUGUGGACAAUAAUAAUUUCGUGAUUUAGAACAAACGGUACUACAUCACCCUGUAAAAUACUCUUGAAACAAAUUGUUGUGUUUUUUCACAGACAACAAAUAAUAAUAAUAGGUGUAGAAGAAAUUGCUGGAGAAAGUAGGUCUAACAUAAAGUACUAGAAACUAUCGGCAUAGUACAUUACGCAUUAACGACUAGACUUUAUAAAAGGUUGUUGUGAAUAGUAAUAAUUAUGGACGAAUUAGAAGAACUUCGACAAGAGAACCAUCGGCUAAAUUUGCGGCUAGAAAGUCUUCGAAGUGCCUCCACGACGGAAAUUGAUUAUCUCCGGGACGAGUUGAAAGAAAAGGAACGAGAACACAAGGAGCAAUUGGAGAAAAUUGCAGGGGACUUCAAGACGCGAGAGGUGGCUUUAUUAGAACGGACUGAAGCACUUAAUGAGGAUGUCAAUUCUUCGCGAGAUGAAGCUGAUAAGCUGCGAGAACAAGUGGAAGCCCUCAAAUUGAGUUUGGAACAUCAGAAACUUCGAAAUAUUGAAGCAAUGAAUAGGAAAUCUAACCAUCCCAUUAGCACCGAUAAUUACGAAACUCUUUUGGAAAGUUUGUCAGAAAAGGAGAAAGCACUUGGAAGAGCAAAUGAUACAGUGUCGAGCCAAAGUGAUAGACUCAGGGAGUACAAUGAUGCAAUCGAGUCACAGCGAAAUAGGAUCACCGAAUUAAAUGAAGACAUUGAGGGGAAGCAAUUAACAAUACUGGAACAACAAGAAAGAAUUCGACAACUGGAGGUGGAAAGAAAGGAACACCUCCAACAGAAUCAGCAGCAAACACUAGACAAAUGUGAUACAGGAAAAUCGAGAGGAAAUUCAUUAUUUUCAGAAGUUGAAGAAAGGAGGGUAAAAGUUGAGGAUGAAUUAAAAAGACUUCAAGAUCGCGUAACAAAGUUAACUGCAGAAAACAUAGAACUUCAAUCUACAGUUGACAGAGGUGAUUUUCGUCAUAAUGCAGUAAAUCAUCAACUUCAACUACUUCAAAAAUCAGAAGAACAAGUUAUCAAAGAAUUUAAGCAGCUCAAAUCUGAAAGGGUGAAUUUGUUUGAGAAACUGUGUGAGCGUUUGGAUUCAAUACGGGAUGAAUACAUGAAAAGACUAUCCGAAUACAAAGGAAACGAAGUUCUGAGUACCAAUUUAGAACGGAUAAGUGCCGAUAGAGACAAAUUGCUUUUAGCUAAAAUUAACUUGGAACGAGAAUUAUUCGAAUGUAGGAAGGAGCUAAAAUAUGUGAAGCAUACAAAAACCGAGUGUGAAUCACAUUUGAAAAUUUUGAGAAUUAAAAUGCAAGACCAAAAUGACAGAAGAGCAGCUUCGCGUUCACCAAGAAAGAAAAAUGACUCGAAUCAUGUGGAUGAUAAAACGGAGGACGCCACGGCUGAUCAAAGUAAUGGUUCAAUGGAGAUAGAAAAUAACUUAAGUACAGAAUAUCCCAAAAAAUCAGCAGAAGAAAUUUCUGAAUGUAAACAGCAAUAAAUAGUUAUUUACACUUUUUCUUCUUUAAUUCUUGUUAAAUCGUCUCCUAAUUUGCUCUAAUUGAGCUGUGAGAUUUGGAGGUAAAUCUGUUAAGAAAUAAGAAAUGGACGUUACCAUCAACAUUACAAUCAAU